AUGGGCGCAUAUUACUGCAUUGCGAGCAACGGGGUGCCGCCCACCGUCAGCCGCCGGUAUCACGUGCAAGUACAUUUUAUACCACAAGUAAAGGCAGCUCUACAAUUAGUGGGUGCACCGCUUGGCAGUGACGUAGAACUUCAGUGUUAUAUAGAAGCCUCUCCCAAAGCUAUGAACUCCUGGUACCGGGAAGAUGCCUUGGUGAGCGAUAAACUGUUAGAAAAUCCAAAGUUCCGUAUAACGGAGCGCUUGGUGAACGAGUAUUCUUUAUGGAUGAACCUGACUAUAAAAUCGCUGGCUUUCGGCGAUUUCGGCACUUACGUGUGUGCAUCCGUCAACGCGCUCGGCAAGAUGGAAAGCCAAGUUAGCUUACAUAAAAUCGACGUGAACCUAAAUGGUGUAGGAGAUGAGCCCAUGGUGUCCGGCGCAGCGUGGCAGCGAGCGAGAAACUCACACGCGCGAGCGGGCGCGACACAGUCGCAUUAUAUAACACAACAUCUCGCCCAAUUAAACGCAAUACUUAUCACUACUCUACGGUAUUUAUAUAAUUAA